AUGAAUAAGUAUUCAAAUGGUUUCAGCUUGGCUGAUAUGUUUCCCUCUGCCAAAUUACUACAAGUCAUGAGUAUCAUGCGUUAUAAGCUGGAGCUUGUGCAAAAACAGGGUGAUGAAAUGCAUGAAAAGAUUUUGAUGCAGCAUAAAGAGAAGCACAGAGAGGGAAAACAGGAAAGUGGAGAAGCAUAUGAGGAUCAUGUUGAUGUGCUUCUUAAAAUUCAACAACGUGGGGACUUUGAACCUCAAUUGACCGACACGAACAGCAAAGCCGUAAUCUUUGCGAGUGAAGUAUGUUGCAUCUGUGGUUUUUUAGAGUGGGCAAUUUCUGAAUUGAUUAAACCCCCAGAAGUCAUCAAAAGGGCACAAGAUGAGUUUCAAAAGAAUGUGGCGAGCAAUGUAAAAUCAAUACCAGCCAAGGCUAGAGCAAUCACUAAUCUUUGGGCAAUUGGAAGGGACCCCAGGCACAGGGUUGAGGCUGAGAAACUUAAUCCAGGGCGGUUUAUUGACUCUAAAAUAGAUUAUAAGGAAACCAUGCAUUUUGAACAUAUCCCAUUUGGUGCUGGAAGAAGAAGGAUCUGUCCUGGAAUAUCAUUUGCUCUACAAAGCAUUGAGUUUAUGCUUGCACAAUUGUUGUUCCAUUUUGAUUUGAAGCUGCCUGGUGAACUGAACCAAGAAGAACUGGACAUGACUGAGAAAUUUGGGGUGACAAUGAGGCGGAAACAAAUGAUCUGA